UUUCCUCAAGUUAUUCAUUCAAUCGCUGGUGAUCCACGGACUCAACAACGAACAAUCAGAACGAGCCACACUACGCCCACGCGUGCAUAUUAUUACUAGGAACUAACACCUAGCGCGCGCCCACCUCAGAACGUUUCGUUUCCACAUUUUUAAUCAAACCACCAAAAUGAAGACCAAAUUCAUCAACGGGGUUUCUUCCUCCCCGUCCAUGUCGCUGGGGCUGCUGGUGACGGAGAACGCCCUGCAGGUCCAGCCCGAAGCCCAGGACGACUGCAAGGAGCUGGCCCGCUCCGAGCAGCCCGACCCACACACCCGGCACCAGGCCUAUAUGUGGUGCAGAGAGUUUCUCCACGGGGCCUGGAAGACGCUGGCUGAGGACGACUUCCGUCUCACUAUCAUCAGAGGUGGUCUGAGCAACAAGCUCUUCCUGUGCAGCCUCCCCGACAGCGUGCACGCGGCGGGAGACGAGCCCCGCAGCGUCCUGCUGCGCCUCUACGGGGCCAUUCUACAGAUGUCUUGCAAUAAGGGCGACUACCAACAGUCCAACAAAGAGAAUCACUUCCAGGGGGCAGAGGCCAUGGUACUGGAAAGUGUGAUGUUUGCCAUCUUGGCCGAGAGGGAACUGGGCCCUAAGCUUUACGGCAUCUUCCCUCAGGGCCGACUGGAGCAGUAUGUGCCUAGCCGUAAACUGGACACAUGUGAGUUAAGCGAACCAAACAUUUCAGCAGAAAUUGCUGAAAAAAUGGCCAAGUUUCACGGAAUGAGGAUGCCUUUCAACAAGGAGCCCAAGUGGCUGUUUGGAACCAUGGAGAAGUACCUGAGUCAAGUCAUGAGGUUGAAUUUCACCAGAGAGUCUCAUCUGCGAUUCUUUAAUGUCCUGCUCAGCUACAAUCUGCCGCAAGAGAUGAAAAUGCUCAAGCGUCUACUGGAGUCCACCCACUCUCCAGUAGUGUUCUGCCACAAUGACUGUCAAGAAGGCAACGUGCUUCUGCUGAACGGCCGCCAGACCUCCGGCAAACAGAAGCUCAUGCUGAUUGACUUUGAGUACAGCAGCUACAACUACAGGGGAUUUGAUAUUGGCAACCAUUUCUGUGAAUGGAUGUAUGAUUACAACUGUGAUGAGUUUCCUUACUUUAAAGUAAAUGCGCAGUCCUACCCUUCGAAAGCCCAGCAGCUUCACUUUAUUGAAAGCUACCUACGUGAAUCUGAUCAAGGCUUUGAAAACCUGAGCGAGGAGGACCAAAUAAAACUGAAAGAUCAGCUGUACACUGAGGUGAACAGAUUCUCUCUGGCUUCACAUUUCUUCUGGGGCCUGUGGUCAGUCAUCCAGGCUCGGCUUUCCACCAUCCAGUUUGGAUAUCUGGAGUACGCCCAGGCCAGGUUUGAUGCAUAUUUCCAUCAGAAGAAGAUCUGGGCUGUCUAACAGGUUGAACCAUUUGGCAGGAGGACGACCAGAAUACAUUCCCUGUCCGUAGGACUUGCUGUCUACAGCCAAUGUCGCACUGAGCAAAGCCAAACUGUGACGAGCACAUGAGUAAAAACAAAAACAAAAAAAUACUCACUUGUAAUAACCUGCAUUACUGGUCGGGGCGAAUGUCUGCUUCUAGCUUUUUUAGCCUUAACACUAACAUGAGGGUCUAGAGCAGGAAAAAAGUGAAUUCGAGUUCGAAUCACAGCUACACCUAACAUCUUGACAUUGCAUCAAUGUGUAUGUAUUGAUCAUUCCCUCAUGGAAUAUUCUUGGAUAUCCCAAGAGAUGAAAGUCCCAAGAUAUCUGGCUGGGUAAAAAAACUGGCUUAUUCCUGCUUACAGAAGAGCCCAUUGGCUGACUAUGUAUAUUUUAUGUAUAAAGGUGCCUGGAAAUUGGCCCUAUUUGUUACUAUUAGGCUGGAUGAACAGGUCAGGCUAAAGUCUACGGUAUUACAGUACACUUUUUUAUGUCAUGUUGUCUUUACUUUAUCAGGGUGAUUAGUUAAGCUUCACCAAAUUACAUUUAACUCAGUUUUUUAUUAACUCUCUUAAUUAAGAAAAGUGUAGAACAGUGUGGUUUUAUAGCAUCUGUCUGACUCGUAUGUGUCAUCCUUGUCCUCCAUCUGUAGUGCAGUAAAUACUGCUGUACUUAAUUCAGAUACUGCACUUUGCAUGCCAGUCUUAUUCUAUCCAAAGGUCUUAUACUAUGUCUGAUAAAUAUUCUACUAGUGAAAGACUCAGAGUUUAAACUGUGAUUCCUUCCUAGCUUUAUUUCCUUCAGACAUCCUGUGACCAUCUCAGAUUUCAGUUAACACAUCAAGUCAAGAUGGAGAUUAGGUAGAUUUAUUAUCUGCUGCUACAACAGACUUGACCUAGACCUCGAUGUGUUGAUUAGUUUGUUGCAAACACACAUUUCUUGAACAUUUUCACUGUGUUUGCUGUGUGAACAUAGUCUGGUUUCUCUGAUGUAAGAAAAUUUGUUGGUGACAGUUUUCCACAUAAAAACAACAACAAUAAUGAAACAAUGCCGCUGUGCUAACGUCUAAAGUCAAUAUAGAGCUCACUCACUCACAAACUAUUAGGUGUGCAUUAUUAAAAUUAAAAGUGAGCAUAAGUGUAAUUUAAAGCUGAACCAGUUUUUUAUAUUAUUAUUUUUAUAUAUUCCAUUUUAUCUAGCUUUUGACCACAGAUUUUACUAGAGCUAACUGGGUUAGUAACACCACUGUAAUUUGUUAAUCAUUGAACCCUUUACCUUCGAAAUGACCCAUUUUAAUAUAAGAACAAUGUGAAAAGGAUAUAUUAAAUGAAAUCUGCUUUUGAUGGAUGGUCAAAGCAAGCAGAUCUUCUCUGAGGGGAAUGGGUAUGUCAUGUUCUCCCAAAGUACAAUGUGAAAGACUCAGCAGCUUGACUGGUUAGUCUAUAAACUGGUGGUAAAAGAAUCACCACCAAAGCUGAUAAGCUCCAUUCAUGUGCAGUUGUCUGUUUACCCGUUAGCCUUUGGGACUUAUCUUGGAAUCCAUCCCCAUGAUUACAUAUGUGACCUGUGUGAUGUUUAAUCUCAUUCCUCUCUAUUGAGAAUGACUGUGAAAUGUUCACAGCUGAAGGUUUUAAGCUGGAUCAUUAAACUAAACUAUACAAGCCACCAAGACCUGGAACCAUCCACAGAUGUUUGAAUGUCACUAUGGCACUUUUGAUUUAAGAACCCAAGAAAGGUCAAACUUUACGUAGUUUGAGAUUUUGGGGUUCUUGAGCUGUGAAGUUGUUUGUUCUGUAUCUAACCAAUGUGUAUUUAACAUGCAUGUGUGUUUUCUUGUAUAUUUCAUUGCUUCUCAUUAUUUGGAGACACAAAGACACUGUUCUAGUUGUUCUACAGUAAAGGUGUUACUGGUACAGUCUCUAAUCUUGUCUCUGUUCUCUGCCUGAACCUCAUUCUUUGUUUUUAUUCACAACUUGACUUUCAUUGUUGGCACAUAUUAAUUGCUCUGACAUUUUGCUGUUUGACAUUUUAUUCUUUACGUUGUCCUUCCUCACACUUUUUUUUAAAUGUAUUUGCUAUAGAGUAAACAUAAUCCAUGAUGUGCACUGUAUUUACACAAAUGUAGUCCAGGGGUGUCAAACUGGGGCCCUCGAGGAACGGUGUCCCUGCUGGUUUUCCAACUCUCCCUUCUGACUACUUUGUAUAGAUGUGUCAGUUAGUUCAUCCAUUGACUGAACACACAUGAUCAAGGUAAUCACCAGGCUCUGGGGAAGGGAGAGUUGGAAAACAAGCAAGGGACUAGUUUGAGUUUGACACCCCUGAAUGUUUAAGGUUAAUGGUUAUGAAUUUGUAUUCAGCAGAAUAAUAAACAUCCUCACUUCAUUAUUCAUUAUUGUGAUUCAAGGCAUUGAUUAGUCACUAACAGAAAUAUAAAGGUUGUACUCUAAAACAAUAACCAAUUUCAACCCUAAUGUGCUGAUGUAUCAUUCUGUUAAUGGGAUCAUUUUUGUUUGGUAACAGCAGCAAGUAAACGCCAACCUUUGCUAACUAUGCAGCUUUACUGAACACUGUACAUAUACUGUUAUUAAUAUGGUUACAAAUGUAAAAUGUGUUAUAAUAAAUAAAAAACGAAUAAUAAAUAAAAAAGAAAGUUGCUGA